AUGAGGUAUCCAGAACAAUUCCCGCCACUCAGCCCGUCCUACUGCCUGAGAACUAGGAUUCCAAAAACACCCAUGAAGGGUUAUAUUGAUAAUAUAAGAAGCAAUGCUUGUCACUGGCGCGCUGCCUUGUCAUUGUCUAGUGCCUAUGCCAGUGUCUCGGAUCUCGUCGAUCUUGGCAAUCUCAAGAACCUGGUGGCCCUCGAGAUCAACCGCCGAAUUUUUGACUCGAGCUUUCCAAACAAUAUUGAAACGAGAGAUGCGAUACAACUGGAUGAUGGCGUCGUACGCAGUUGGCUUGAUGCUGCACAGUCUACAGGAUCCUUACAGAACCUACAAGUUCUGAGAAUCUAUCAGCAGAAUAGCCUUACCCACCACAUUAUUUGGAUGCUUGAAAAAUUGCCACGCCUGAAGGUUGUCGUCAUACAUCAGUGCGGAAAGUUUACACCAGAAUCCAGUCAUCCAAAAGCCAGGACUAAAGACGGAGUCAAGGUGGCAGGUUGGAAUAUUCAAAGACUGGAUUGGGUUCCCGAAGGCGCAAAGAUGGACGCAUUGAAAUAUCUGGGACCACUUUUGAAAGUCUAUGAAGAUGGGCUGAGGCUCAAAGACAUAGAACCAAAGCCAAACUCUCCCAUGUUAGACUCCAACAUCCCCAUUAUGGAAUUUGGCCUGCCUGCCCUUGCUUGCGAUGACCUUGAAAAGGAACAGAGGAGAGCGGCAUAUGCAGCAAAGUCCAUCUUUAUACUUACUCGACCGACUGGGCAAAAUGACAGAAAACGAGCACCACAAGAGAUCCAGCAGCCUCGAAACACUGGCAAGCGGAUAAUGAAGGAACGAGGAGGAAGAGAUAUGGCAGAUGUGCUAGGCGACUUUCUCGGGAUGUGA